GUCGGUCGGUUCAGCCACAUCGUGGUGAGUCAGUGCUCUAGUGCACAGUGAUCUAGACUGGAGUUAGUGCGUCUUUUGACAUGAUAACCAUCAUGCCAAAUGGGCACUGACCAAUUUACUCGCUCCUUCGUUAUUAUUAUUACAUGUCUCAUUAACAAUGAAUUCUACGCAGAAGUCUCUCAAUGAUCUCAACCCUUUCUCGAACUAAACAUAAAUAGUGGCAAGAGCAAACCUGCAGGCGAAUAUUUUGAAACAUUCUCUCACAAUUUUGGCGACUUCUUCGAUCCCCAUCAACAUUCAUUCCUUCAUCGUGCAUAAUCGUUUCAACAUCUGAGCUGAAGAUCGAUCAAGCACAGCUCCGACCUCAUCCUGCCGAUUAGACAUAAUCCAACGUAGUGUGUCCGUCAACCCCAUUUCAGCUGAUGUCUACUAAGCUUAGAGGUGUCCUCGAAUUUGUCGUUGUCUUGUUGUUUGGGUGUGUGCGGAAUUCCAGAAAGGGAGGAAGAGGAAGCUUUCGCACAUUGGAAUCUACGCUUUGGAAUCCAGCACGAGAAAGCUGCAAGUCGAUCUCCUCCGCUGUUCCCUGAUAAGGAAUGGCGAGCACUGAGAGAAGGCCAUGCAGAGUCUACCUGGACCUGGUUCUUCCUUCCACGUUACAAACAAAGCGCGCAGGCAGAUUCCAAGUUUGACAAAGCGCUCGAUUUACCGCCGAUCGAGGAGAAUGACUUGACGCUCUAGAAACCGACAGACUACGAAAGUCUGCAGCUUCCAUGAGAGAGAGAGCACCGGAGAGACCGAACAGGAACUCCAAUUCCGAGUAGGGUUCAUGAUUUCAUCGGACUCGACGAUCGGCAGGAGCCAGGAAGUGACAGAAAUCGCCCACUCUUCAUCGUGAUAAGUACCAUAUAAACCAGGCCACUUCUCGACACGUGCACGGAGCGCCCACCAGCCUUUAAAACUCGCACCGAUAAUAAUGACCGAACACGAGGGAUUUACUUUUCGGAGGCUCCAAUAAGUGGAACACUGGAAGAAAAGAAAAGCAACCGCCUUUUUCAUUCGCGGCGAGUGAUUUCAUUUGAGAAAUGAGCCAUUCUGCUUUAGGGUUAAGGAGACAUGAUUUGCGGAAGAGAAGUGCGUGUUCGCUUUACGCUGAUUCCAUCGAUAAGAGAUAAGGAGCCCAUUGGCCUGCUCCGUGCCCUAAACAGAUGUCGAAAGUCCGCACCCUCGCAGACGAGCAAAACGUCACGAUCAAUCUUUCCACUCUCUGCGCGACAAUGGCACACCCGACGACUGACACACGCCCCGUGCUCUCGCGACACGCGACGCUCUCGCACCUGAAAUCGAGGACUUUCUGCCCCGACUUUUCCUCUCUCCGGAUUCGGAUGAGAUCCGCGCACCCGCCUCUCAGUCGCAUCCGGACCGAAGACAUUCUAAUUCCGAAUGCUCGCCCCGCGCACACUCACCUUCGUAUCAAUCCCUCGCUCGCUCGUCGGCACUUUCCGUCGGCUGCUCAGCAAUUCCUGAAAUCCCGUGUCGAUGUGACGCACUUCGACACGUCCUCCUCCCUAAAGAAAGAAAGACUUCCCGAUAGUACUUCCAGACCUCCAUUGCUGACAGUCGCUCCAUUGCCAUCCUUGCGCUUUGCCAUGGCCAUCAAAUUCCUCCACCUUAGUCGAUGGUGAUUUAUCGAGAAUUCACCAUCUGAUCCAACCUCGUUGACCUCUCUCUUCCUCGUAGACCUGAUCUCAAUUCUCAGGCUUCUUCGCCCUUUCAGCUCCAAAUUACACUUUCACCUUCAAUUCGAAUCCUCGUCGGCACAGUCGCCAUUGACGAGGUGACAAAAGCACAAUGUGACAACAUUUGCAUC